GUCUCACAACACACUACAUUGAUGAUGAGUGGAAUUUGCAUAAUAAGUUCAUUGGAUUUGCACAUGUAGAGGUAUCCCACACGGGUGAGCAUAUUGCAAAAAAAAAUCAUCAGUAGGCUAUAUCCUUGGAAUUUAGAUAGAAAAAUAUUUUCUUUUACACUAGACAAUUGCACUAUGAACAAUGUUGUGGUCCGAGAUUUGAAGAAAUUUCUCUUGUCAAAGAAAGCCUUGCAUUUGGAUGGAAAUCUCUUUCAUAUUCGUUGUGCUGCUCAUGUGCUGAAUUUAAUUGUCCAAGAUGGUUUGAGUGUCAUUUCUUCAGCUAUAGGGAAUAUCCGAGAAUCUGUCAAGUAUGUGAAUGGAUCCACAUCAAGAAAGGAAAAAUUCAAGCUAAUCGCGCAACAAGUUAACGCUCCUAAUUUAUCUCUCAAAGCUGAUGUCCCAACUAGAUGGAAUUCUACUUUUCUUAUGCUUCAAAGAGCUAUGAAAUUCCGUGAUGCUUUUGAUAGAUUGCAUGAAUGCGAUAGCUCAUACAAGUUCUUACCUUCCAAGGAGGACUGGCAGAAUAUUCAUUGUGUAGCAGAUUGCCUGAAGGUCUUCUAUGAGGUUACAAAAAGAGUUUUAGGUACAAAAUAUCCCACUUUAAGUCUGUACUUCAAUUAUUUCUGUGGAAUUUAUCUUCUCCUCCGUGAGUGGUAGUUCAGCGUUGACACAUUUGUUGCAUCAAUGGCUGUACCGAUGGUGGAUAAGUUUGAGAAAUAUUGGGACAUUGCAAAUAAAUUAUUAGAAAUUGUAACAAUUCUUGACCCCCGCUACAAAAUGAAAUCCAUUGAGUACUACUACAAAUUGCUUUAUGAUCCAUUUGUGGCUGAUCUAAGAAUUGAAUCUGCAAGAAAAUCAUUCCUUGAGUUGUUUAAUGAAUAUGCAAGUCAAGCCUCCCAAGCAUCAUCAGAUGGUAACUCAUCAAGGAAUUUUGAGGCAACAAUACCUAGUUCAACACAGUCAUCAUCUACUUUGUUUGCAACCAGAUUGGGACUAGAGAAGUUUAUAUAUGAGAGCAAUUCAAGUCGUCAUAGUAAAUCAGAGUUGGAGAUCUAUCUUGAAGACCCGUCUUCUCCUGGAAUUGGCAAUAGUUCUUUUGAUAUUCUGGUUUGGUGGAGGGUUAAUGGUCCAAAAUAUCCAAUCAUUUCUCGGAUGGCUCGUGAUAUAUUGAGUAUUCCACUUUCAACCGUGGCCUCUGAGUCAAUUUUCAGUUCUGCUAAGAGAAUACUUGAUGAUUAUCGCUGCAACCUGCUCCCGAAAACAAUUGAGUCUAUAAUGUGUUCACAUGAUUGGCUCAAGGGUCGCAUACCAGUUGAGCCGAGAGUUGUUGAAGAUAGCAUACCUGCUUAUGAAUCAUUUGUAGCAACUCAAAAUCAGGAAGAUCAAACUGAUGGUGAUUAAGCAAUCAAGGAAGAAGAAAGAUCUGGUACAAUGUUUGUGGACAUUGCAAGUGGCAUGCUCUAUGUCAAGUGGCUC